AUGAUCUUUAAUAUGUCUUUAUAUCUCACUUUGUCUCUCUUUCUCUCUCUCUCUAUCUCUCUCUCUCUGUCUGUCUGUGUCUCUAUUUCUGUCUGUCUCUUUCUGUCUGUCUGUCUGUUUAUCUCUUUCUCUCUGUCUAUCUCUGUCUCUCUGUCAUUUUGUCUCUGUCUCUCUGUCAUUUUGUCUGUCUGUUUCUCGCUGUCUCUCUGUCUGUCUGUCUUUGUCUGUCUGUCUCUUUCUCUCCGUCUGUCUUUAUCUGUUUGUCCGUCCCCUUCUCUCUGUCUGUCUCUCUCUGUCUGUCUCUCUCUGUCUGUCCGUCUCUUUCACUCUGUCUGUCUCUUUCUGUUUGCCUGUUUUUCUAUGUCUGUCCGUCUCUUUUCUCUGUCUCGUGAUAUGACAGUCGUAUCGACCAUCCCUUCAUGGGUCGGCUUAAACACACCUUUUUGUCGCCGGAGCGCGUCGAGGUCUUUCCUUUUGACAAAGCUGUCUCCGGCUGCCGACGUCAGACAGAUGGCUCGAAUGGGUUUGGCUGGGUGA